GUAUACACUAUAAUGCACAGCGCAUAUUUAUUAAUUAUCAUACAGAUAGACAUAUAAAUAUAAAUAUAUACACUUGUUUGGUGGGUAUUCCUUGGUAAGAUGGAGCCAUUUCCAGCACAGUCAGAUUUGUCUUUGCAAAUCAGCCCUCCAAACAGAAAAGCAACACAAAGUUGGAAGAGAAGCACAGAAGAAGAGAUGAAUUUGGAGUUCUGGAAGAGAGCGUUGGAGUCAAGAAACUCCUUAGUUAAAACAGACCUCUCUCUGUCCAAUUCCAGGGUUUCUUCAAACACAAACACUACCCCAAACUCCAACUUCAUCUACCACUUCCAAAACUGCAACAACAGUGCCAACCUCUUCCAAUUAUUUCAACAAAAUCACUACUUUCACCACCAGUCACUCUUCCAGCACCAAAGCCUUAGCCAAGAGCUAGGUUUUCUAAGACCCAUAAGAGGGACCCCAGUAUAUCAAAACCCACCUCCUAUCUCGUUUACGCAACACCCCCUAGAUGCUGCUUCCAACACAACAAUGGCUUCAAACCUUUUUCAUAAUUCUCAAACUGUGAUGCGCUCAAGGUUCCCAUCACGCUUUCCUAGCAAGCGUAACAUGAGGGCUCCUCGGAUGCGCUGGACUACUACACUCCACGCUCGCUUUGUUCAUGCCGUUCAGCUUUUGGGUGGUCAUGAAAGGGCUACACCAAAAUCAGUUCUUGAGCUAAUGGAUGUAAAGGAUCUCACUUUAGCUCAUGUUAAAUCUCAUUUGCAGAUGUACCGGACGGUUAAAACUACAGAUAGAGCUGCGGCAUCAUCAGGGCAAUCAGACAUAUAUGAUAAUGGCUCAUCUGGAGAUACUUCUGAAGACUUCAUGUUUGAUAUAAACUCCCCAGAAAGAUCUGAUCUAUCUGUUAAGCAGGCAAGUGCAAGAGCUAAUCAAGACAAGGAAAAUCGUGACCUGUGGAGCAACUCUUCCAGGGAAGCUUGGUUAAAUGGCAAGCCAAAGGUCGAUUCUAUUCAAAACGUGUCUGCUAUCGAGAAGGGAAUGGACCAAAAGUGUCUAAGCAAUGAAAGAAUAUCAGAUGGAAGCUCAUCCUCAAAUUCAGGAUCAAGCCCCAAGAAGCCAAAUUUGGAUUUAGAGUUCACCUUGGGCACAUUGAAACAUAUAUCAUAAUAUUUCUCUAAAAUCGCAAGAGCUAGAUCACUAGAAUAAGAAUCGGGUACCAGCAAAGAAAAUCAAAGAAAAAUAAAGCUAAAAAGAAUACAAAAGAAAGGAUAAAAAAAACAAAAAAGUAAAAGGAGCUAAAAAAGACAAGGAGACAAGAAAGACAGAAAGCAACAAAGAAGAGGGUGGGAAACAAAAGCAUGUCCUUCCAAUCAAAGCUCUUGUAAGAUCCAAAUCGUGUUAUGAUUUCAUAGUAAAUAUAUGAAAUCCAUUUGAUUUGUAUGUUUUGCAAUAUGACAUAGAAAUAGGCAGAAAAGCGAGCUUUAGAUAUCUUAAAGUAUGAAGUGAUCCUUGGUAAUUGUAAUGGAGCACUUUACAUUUCUGAAUAUUUUAAUAUUUUU